AAUUAAUUACUAUUCAUUGGGUGCGUUUGGCAAGAAGAAAGAAGGGAGGAGAAAGAGGCAGGGAGGGGGAGAGAGGAGAGAGAGAGACAGAGAGAGAGGGAGAGAGUGAUCUUAAGGAGGAAGAGAUUGUGGGGGAGCAGGACCUUUCCUGGGGUGCACUGGGCGUGGGGAGCACAGAAUAGCUGUUUUAUAACUGGGAUCCUUAGUGACGUAUGUCUGCCUGCUCCUUGGCAGCUGUCUUUAUGGACCAGUAGGGAUUGCGUCUUGUAAGGGACUGUAAUCUGCUGUAGUGAAGAACAGAGCCUCUCAAUCAGGCGGGUGUAAAUAAGAAACGGAGGGGAGUCCAAAAGAAAAGAAAGAGGAGGGGGAAAAAGUGUGUGUUUGGGGGGGAAGCAGGGAAAAGCAUUUUUGGUGGAUGGUAUGAAGCCAGCCAUGGAAACUGCAGCCGAGGAAAAUACUGAACAAAGCCAAGAGAGAAAAGUGAACAGCAGAGCUGAAAUGGAAAUUGGCAGGUACCACUGGAUGUACCCAGGCUCAAAGAACCAUCAGUACCGUCCUGUGCCAACCCUGGGGGACAGGGCUGGCCCCUUGAGCAGUCCAGGUUGCUUCGAAUGCUGCAUCAAGUGUCUGGGAGGAGUCCCCUAUGCCUCCCUGGUCGCCACCAUCCUGUGCUUCUCUGGAGUCGCAUUGUUCUGCGGCUGUGGGCAUGUGGCUCUCGCAGGCACCGUGGCAAUUCUCGAGCAACACUUCUCUACCAACACCAGUGACCAUGCCUUGCUGAGCGAAGUGAUUCAACUGAUGCAGUAUGUCAUCUAUGGAAUUGCGUCCUUUUUCUUCUUGUAUGGCAUCAUUCUGUUGGCAGAAGGUUUUUAUACCACAAGUGCAGUGAAAGAGCUGCACGGUGAGUUUAAAACAACCGCCUGUGGCCGAUGCAUCAGUGGAAUGUUCGUUUUCCUCACCUAUGUGCUGGGAGUGGCCUGGCUGGGUGUGUUUGGCUUCUCUGCCGUGCCCGUGUUUAUGUUCUACAACAUAUGGUCAACUUGUGAAUUCAUCAAGUCACCACAGACUAAUGGGACCUCGGGUGUGGAGCAGAUCUGCGUGGAUGUCCGGCAAUAUGGUAUCAUUCCUUGGAAUGCUUUCCCAGGAAAAAUAUGUGGCUCCGCUUUAGAGAACAUCUGCAACACAAAUGAGUUCUACAUGUCCUAUCACCUGUUUAUUGUGGCCUGUGCUGGAGCUGGUGCCACCGUCAUUGCCCUGAUCCACUUCCUCAUGAUACUGUCUUCUAACUGGGCUUACUUAAAGGAUGCGAGCAAAAUGCAGGCUUACCAGGAUAUCAAAGCAAAGGAAGAACAGGAACUGCAAGAUAUCCAGUCUCGGUCAAAAGAACAACUCAAUUCUUACACAUAAAUGUUUGCCAGAGUGUGUCAGCCGACGAAUUUACAGCUCUGACAAAUCAUCAGACAGCUGCUCUGCAGUACAGAUGUGUAUCCCACCAAACAAACUAACGUAGACGUACCAACAUUUCACUGUCUGUCUCAAGCUGCUGGGAUGUAUCUCUAGGAAAACCUUCCAGUGGGUCAUUUUUUUUCUUUAGAAUAUUGGAGGUUUCACGUCAGCCAUUUUAAAAGGCAACACUUUGACAAAAUAACCGUUCAUUUUUUUGGAAAUUUGUAGCAUGUGCGCUUAUUGCUAGAGCAGUUCUAACAGUCCAUGGAAUUACAUCAUACUCCUUGAUAGGGACCUAUGGAGUGCCAGUAUCAAAGGAUGUGACCAUAGAUUUACAUACGCUACCUGUCCUCAAAUGUUAUUAAAACAGAAUUGGUCUGAAGUUCAUUACUGACAGUGAAUCUAUUAAGUUUUGCCUCAUCGAAGAUAAAGUGAUUUUUUUAACUGACUUAAAAAAAAUUAGCACCUACAAAGUCAUUAAUUUCCAGAGCCAAUCAGAAAUCUUUUCUUUUUUAGUAAUGCAAAAAUGAGCUACAAUUCUGCUAAACGUACCAAUGCAGAAGCUGGGUUCUGACUCAAGCUCUACAGAAUAAGUUUUAUAACAGAUUUCAUUUUAGCAAAGUGACCCAAUGAUCAUCAUUCUUCUUGGGGAAACAAAUGUCAGCUCUGCCUUAGUAUUUGCUUUAAAUUUCUAAGAAUUUAUAUUAUAACCAGAAACUCUUCACAGAAUUUUGUUCCAUAAAUACUUUUCUUAAUUGCCAAGUGUUACCUUGUUAAAAUGACCACCAUUCUAAAACAUUUUAAGUGGUUUGAAUAAUGAGUUUACAGUUUCUUAACUAUCUAAAACCUAACUGCAAAUUGACCACAGACCUCUGACCUCCAACUUUUAUAGACUUUAAUACAUAAGUAAUUUAAACUAGGGUUGGUAUUUAUUUCAUUUUAUCUAAAUCUUAAUUUCCUGGAAUAAUAAUGUUUGAUGUUCAGCAAGAAAACUGCUGUUUAAGUUUAAGCCAUUUUCAAAAGAAACUUGCCUUCUGAAUCAUUGUGUUCCAGAACAUUAAGAGACUAUAGGUACUGGGUAUUAGUGAUGGUAAGCUUUGUGUUGUUCUUUCUGAAAUGAUCCAUAUAACUGUGGGGUGCAUCAGUGCUUUUCAAAGGGGCUGCAUACUUAUAGGGUUAACUAUGUAUAUUCAUGUUAAGAGUUAACUUGUGGUUUGGCUGUUUCCUGGAUUUUAAAACAUAUACAUGUGCAGAAAUGUAUUCAAAUGAAAGGAAGCAUACCUUUAUCAAGAUGCUAUUAAAAUUGAACAUCAAGUAUAAUAUUUCAUUUGGAUUAUUUUUUUUUGGGGUUAAUGCCUAAAAAUGCCUAUUUGGAUUCUUUUUCAUUGGGGGAAGCUCUCUUCUGUGUAGAACAGUUGUUCCAAGAUAGCUUAGUGUUUCAUUUUCCUGUUGCAUGACAGACUUCAACAUUUUUUCCAGCAGUGGGGGUGCUGUUAGAGUCCAGUGUUCUAGAAGAGGCAGUGUCUAAAUCCUAAUUUUACUUUUCUAAUUCUGGUAGCUAUUGCCAGGAACUUUUGAAAGUUUUGUUGGAGUAGUCUAAUAUUUUUUAUGUAAAGAGCAUUAAAUUUUGCUAUGUAUAAAUUUUUGUAACCUAACAGUGAAUCAAUAUUUUCUAUUCAGUGCCAAGGGCUUCCUGUAGUUCUAUUCAAGUGUUACAAUAAAUAUUUGUAGAUAAUAGUCAAUACUUGUGUAUGCUUAUUUUAAAUAUCUAUUUAGGUGGAAAUAGUUGUGGAUGUACUAAGAGUAAUGAAAUAAAAUUAUAGCUUCACUC